CGGACGUUUCGGGGCGAAGUGACGAGAGGUGGAUCUUUCGCGUAAAUGAGAGCUUUCGCCCGCGGGGGCCGGUCAGUUGAGAAGCGAUCGCCAUGUUGUGGACAGCGAGCCUCUGCCUCCUGUGGGCCUCGUCCGUCCUCGGGGCCCCGGUGAACAAAGAGAAACAGAAGGUGCUGCUGAUCUCCUUCGACGGCUUCCGGUGGGAUUACGACCGCGACGUGGACACGCCGAACCUCGACAAAAUGGCAGAGGAUGGGGUGAAGGCCCUGUAUGUCACGCCGCCGUACCUCACCAUCACCAGUCCGACACACUUCACCCUCUUGACAGGCCGCUACAUUGAGAAUCACGGAGUGAUCCACAACAUGUGGUUCAACACAACCACCCAGGAGAAGAAGUCUUACUAUCAGAGUCAGUUUGUGAAUGAGUGGUGGGACAAUGGCACUCUGCCUAUCUGGAUCACAGCACAGAGACAGGGCCUAAAAGCUGGCUCUCUUCACUUCCCUGGCACGGCUUCCACUUACCAGGGAGAGGCUGCUAUGACUCGAGAAGUGGAGCCGAGUCUCUACAACUACAAGAAUGAGACCGCUUGGAGAGAGAACGUAGACAAGGUGAUGAGCUGGUUCAGAGACCAGGACCUGGACUUUGUGUCCCUGUACUUCGGCGAGCCGGACGGCACGGGCCACAAGUACGGCCCGGACUCGCCGGAGCGCAGAGAGAUGGUCAAACAGGUGGACCGGACGGUGGGCUACAUCCGGAGCUCAGCCGAGUGGCACGGGCUGACCGACCGCCUGAACAUGAUCAUCACGGCAGACCACGGCAUGACCACGGUGUACCGGAACGGACUGGCGAAAGAAAUCACCCUGUCCGAGAUCCCGGGCUUCUCCUUCAAAGACGUGUCCUUUCACCUGGUGGACUACGGACCCUCUGGGAUGCUGCUGCCCAAACCGGGCAAGCUGGACACGGUUUACAACGCCCUGAAGGGGGCUCACCCACACCUCCACGUAUACAAGAAGGAAGAGAUGCCGGAGCGCCUCCACUUCGCCAAAAGCAAUCGCAUUCUCCCCAUCGUUUUAUGGGCCGACACUGGAUAUGUCAUCAACGGGUAUUUCCCUGUUCAGUUCAACAAAGGAGAGCACGGCUUCGACAACGUGGAGAUGGACAUGAAGCCUUUCUUCAGGGCAGUGGGUCCGGUGUUUCGCAAGAACCUGGAGGUGGGCCCCUUUGAGACGGUGAACAUCUACCCCUUGAUGUGCCACAUCCUGGGCAUCCAGCCGGAGGUCAACGACGGCCACCUGAACAACACCGAACACAUGCUGGUUACUAGCUUUAACACUAAGGGUACUGGCGUCGAUUACCUGCGUAAUGUCUUCACCGGACUGGCUGCGGUAGCUGUGUUUCUUGCUAUAGUUGCUGUAGCAAUGGUUUCCCACAAAGUGUUGAAGAGCAGACGCACGAAUAAAAGAUCAAGAAGUUUGAAAUAUAUUCAAGAAACGGAAGAAAGAAUGCAAUCUGCUCUGUGAUCAUCAGACCAAAAAUAAAAAACUGAGAACUAGCGUCCCGCGGACGGCACCUCAGGACUCCGUGUCAAAAAAAACUGCACUCCAUGCUAAAGUAAUUAUUUAUAGUUAUCCAUAGAGUAUACAAAUGCACAAAAGGCAAAACAGAAUGAAAUGUGUAGAGCAACUUAGCCGAGGAACAUGUGUUUCUCUUUUCUUGAAUGUUUGGACUGUGUGAAUAAAUAAGGUGUAUGUGUAUAUUUUUCCUAAAUAUGCCAUGAUUUAAAGUUUGAAUCAAUAAAAAGUUUCAUGUUGUGUCAUAAGUUA